UGAAGGCUGUGGAGAAGCUGGUAAGUCAAACACUGUCUACAGGUCUAGAGGAGGGGCCUAGGGUGCAUGAGUCACUGUGUAGAUUUGUGAAUGAACAGAACCCAGGAUGGGGAGGAAGCUGAUCAGAGACAGAGGGACCCUGCAUACAGAAGAGAGGGACAGAGGCCUGGCUGUUGAGAAUCAUUUGUGCACUGGUGGGAUGGGCAGGGCAUGAGGCUUUGGAUGUCCCCUGGUGAGAAUAGAGAUCUUCAGGCUGUACAUCAUGGGGCAUGGCCAAUACAGCUCUGCCAAGAGCCCAGGCGAUAGCUGACGGUGUCCUCUCCAUCUCCUCUCCCAGUGGCUUUACAGAGACGAACUUUGGUCAACUCUUGAGCGCUGAGCAAUUCUUUGCCGACCCUCGUCUCUUCAGAGCUUGUAGGACCUUUUAAAUGAAGGAAAGGAUGGAGGGAGAAGGGGAAGGAGAGAGAAAGAAAAGAUGAUGUCCUAGUUUGGUUUCUGUUGCCGCUGCCCUGACAAAAAGUAACUUAGAGGAGAGGGGGCUUAUUUUAGCUCACAGGGCCAGGUUACAGUCUGUUACUGUGGCAGGAACUUGAAGCAGCAGGGCAGGGCAGGGCAGGGCAGGGCAGGGGAGGGGAGGGGACUGACUCAUCAGAAAUACUUCUUCAGAAUCCUGUGCGUCACCUACCCUUGAAUGCUUUAGAUAAAAGUUGGUGUUUCAAAAAGUGCAUCAAGAGAACUUAAAAACAACAGAUCGGCUGGCUACCCAAGUAGUCAAUAUACGAGUUGCCCAAGACCCGUGUAUCUCUAACCACAUGUUUUAUUUGUUUUUACAGUGUGUUUCCUUCAUGGCCUUUCUUGUGGCUCACCCUAUGUGGCUUUGUGUACUUGUUAAGAAAACAUUACACGUUUGACACUGCUCUUACCUAAGUCAGUUUUUCCGAGACCCUCUUUUCACCAGCUUGGUUUCACCUUACAGCUGCAGUGAGCCAGUUUCAGUUGGAGGAGAGGCCACAUCCACUUUGCUGUAGGCCUCUGGUUAGAAGCAUGCAUGGCUGGCUGCUCCUGGUCUGGGUCCAGGGGCUGAUACAGGCUGCCUUCCUCGCUACAGGAGCCACAGCAGGCACGAUAGAUACAAAGAGGAACAUCUCUGCAGAGGAAGGUGGCUCUGUCAUCUUACAGUGUCACUUCUCCUCUGACACAGCUGAAGUGACCCAAGUCGACUGGAAGCAGCAGGACCAGCUUCUGGCCAUUUAUAGUGUUGACCUGGGGUGGCAUGUCGCUUCAGUCUUCAGUGAUCGGGUGGUCCCAGGCCCCAGCCUAGGCCUCACCUUCCAGUCUCUGACAAUGAAUGACACGGGAGAGUACUUCUGUACCUAUCAUACGUAUCCUGGUGGGAUUUACAAGGGGAGAAUAUUCCUGAAGGUCCAAGAAAGCUCAGUGGCUCAGUUCCAGACUGCCCCGCUUGGAGGAACCAUGGCUGCUGUGCUGGGACUCAUUUGCUUAAUGGUCACAGGAGUGACUGUACUGGCUAGAAAGAUGAGACUGCUGCCUGCUCCUGCUUAUCAAUACCAAGGAUAUAGGCAAAUAAAUACACCAUGUUGGACUUCAAAUCCAUCCUGUCUUCAGACCGGAUCCACAAAUGAAGAGAGCCCCAGGUUCAAGUGCUUCACCUUGAUCUUUUCACUGAGAAGGCACUGGAAGGAAGAUUGGGAAAAUCUUUUGGCAGCAGAAGCAAAGCUGUGUUCUCUGCAGUGAUUACUCAGAAGUCUAUUAGAAUGCAUUCUAUAGAAAGUGGCCUUGGGAGAACAGAAGCGGAGCCACA